AACUAAAAAUACAAAAUGGAGGCCAUCAAGAAGAAGAUGCAGAUGUUGAAACUGGACAAGGAGAACGCGCUUGACAGAGCAGAGCAGGCUGAAGCAGAUAAAAAGGCAGCGGAGGAGAGAAGCAAGCAGUUGGAGGAUGAGUUGGCGGCCAUGCAGAAGAGGCUCAAGGGGACAGAGGAUGAACUGGACAAGUAUUCGGAGGCCCUGAAAGAUGCUCAGGAGAAACUGGAACUGGCUGAGAAGAAAGCCGCUGACGCUGAGGCAGAGGUGGCCUCCUUGAACCGACGCAUCCAGCUGGUUGAGGAGGAGUUGGAUCGUGCCCAGGAGCGUCUGGCCACUGCCCUGCAGAAACUGGAAGAGGCUGAGAAGGCGGCAGAUGAAAGCGAGAGAGGAAUGAAGGUGAUUGAGAACAGGGCCCUGAAGGAUGAGGAGAAGAUGGAGCUACAGGAGAUUCAGCUGAAGGAAGCCAAGCACAUCGCAGAGGAGGCAGACCGCAAGUAUGAAGAGGUUGCCCGUAAGCUGGUGAUCAUUGAGAGUGACCUGGAGCGUACAGAGGAGCGUGCUGAAGUGACAGAGUCCAAAUGUGCAGAGCUGGAAGAGGAGCUUAAAAAUGUGACGAAUAAUCUCAAGUCACUGGAAGCCCAGGCUGAGAAGUACUCCCAAAAGGAAGACAAAUAUGAAGAAGAGAUCAAACUCCUGACUGAUAAACUGAAGGAGGCUGAGACCCGUGCAGAGUUUGCAGAGCGCUCUGUAGCGAAGCUGGAGAAGACCAUCGAUGAUUUAGAAGAUAAGCUGUCUCAGACCAAAGAGGAGAACCUGAAUAUGCAUCGAAUGCUGGAUCAGACCCUGCUGGAGCUCCACAAUUUAUGAAGCGCUGCCAUUUAUGUGGUUGCCUGGCUUGCCUUGAAUUCGCUUGGCCACCAACCCCCACCCGCACCCACCCCACCAACACCCACCCCUCCUCCUCCUCCGCCUGCCCCCUCUUUUCUCUCUGCCCUUUAACCCCUGUGUCAGAGGUCCCAUCUCAUCCAUGUUGCCAAUACGCCAUUAAGGGGAAGUGGGAUGACGGCAAAGCGUACGAGGUCACCAGCGAGUAGAAAAUUACCGAGCCAGAGAAACCAAGUGGGCAAUGAAUUCGUUUAAAAUAACGCAAUAAUUUUUAACCUUGUUCUAGUCGUACGCCAGUGGGUCUUUGUGACUGGAUCAUUGCUGAGGCUGUGCGUUUAUUCACCUCUACCCCAUGUGUCUCCUGCUAAGUGUCGAUGGGGAGUAGGGUGUCAACCCAGUCCCCCACCAGGAUCGUGACAUGAUGCCAGAGCACUGUUCGGUUUUUGGGGAUGGGGUGGCGUGGGAUGGCUUCCAAAUGAAUCUCAGCGAAAGGGGCGAGGUUGAAAGAGAAUCCGCAUUGUAAAGCGCCUCCAGUGGGUCUGAGCGAUGUCCCCAGGGCCACACCUCUCGGAUCAGGAUCUGAAUCCAGUGAAUCCAGCCUGGCGCGCCCCUCCCCCCACCGCUGCCUCCCCCCGGCUGAUGCAGGCUCCCAGACCAAUCAGCUUAAGACAAAGACACGUGCCGUCGUCUUGGAAUCAGUUGGCGGGCUGCUAAAUAUAUUCUGUGCCAGUGUGUUGAGGCUGCAGCGUCAGCCCUUUACAUACUUCUUGGCCACUUGCAGUGAUUGCGGUGCCACUUCUAUAGCUCACCUGAGAGACAGUAAAAUUUCUCUCCUGCCACUUCCUCCUACCGCCCCCACCCCCCCCCCCCCCCCCCCCCCCCCCCGCCUCACUACUGUCAAAUAACUAGUGCCAACACCGAGAGUUUGGUGGAGUGAGCUACCACCCGCCAGGAGCUGGAUGGAGUCUGCCAAACUCGCUCUGCCGUUCGGGAUCCCCGCAGCUUAACACGCAGGCUGUAGCGAUUACCCAGUGGCAGUCCCUCUCCCCAACGCGACAGGAGCACCAGAGAGGAGCGAAUCUAUCCCGGUCCGGGCUUUAAGAAUGCCGCGUGGGCGCCGAGUGGACUCUCACUGGGCUACGGAACGCUCGCGCUGGGAGGGUGAACCCACCCUGGCUGCCACCCUCUUCCCCUACUCCUGCCAAAAGCAGGGCCAUGGAGGCUGUAGCUCUGAAUCGCUCGACAGCUUUCCUGUGUGCCAAGCGAGACGAGGGCCCAGUAUCCAAAUCGACCCAGGCUAGAUACUCCCUCCACACUGCUCCAGUUUGAGAUGGGCUUAGUAUUAACCUUCCAGCCCCCACUUCAAUCUACGGCACAGGUCCACUGGAUUAGGCUGGAGACUAGACAGCCAGGAGUUGUUCCCACAGGAGCGUGCACACGUUAAAUUAGCUGUUAAAUUGCCCCCUUAGCAAAAUUCUCCUGAGGAGCUGCUGAUGGCUCAGUGAGUGUAUGCCCAGCUCGGCAUGUCACCCCUGGACCCGAGGCUGAGUUAGUGGGGGCCUCAAUCCACCUGUGAGCUGGAGGGGAGGGCAGAGGGGCAGGGUGGAUAUCCACUCUGGCUCCUGAGCGGCAACUGGGGCCACCAGACAGGCCGGUGGAGAGAUGUUUGGUGGGGGGCGGGGGGGGGGGGGGGGUGCGUGAAACCCUCUUGAGGCUUUGCGUGAGAGCAGGGGUGUUGGUUCGUAUCAACACUCCAGGGUACUUAGGCACAGACAGCAGCCAACGUUAUCCCGAUCCCCCUUCCCCUGUCAUUCAUCAUUGUUUUCCCCAAUGCAUUCUCAAUCCUAACCCCCUGUGCUGAAGCUUUCAAUAUUUCAAACAGAUGUGUAAAGCAAGCAUCUGGUCAGGUCUUGACAAAGUUUUUUUUUUAAAGAAGCAAGUGUGAUAUUUUUGUAAUACAGCUCUUAAAUAUAUAUAAAAAAGAUAUUUAUUUGAAACUGUGUAUAAAAAGGAAUUUAAUUGGACCCACCUCCUCCUUCAGAUUUGAAACGUGUGUAUAACUUCAUCAUGGGCCAAACAACGAAUUGUCCUCAGGAGAAUUAAAUUUGGUGUAACGUGAUUUUUUUUUUUAAAAAAACAGAUAUUGUAAUUUUGAUUUUUUUUUCAGUUUUACAAUAAAGGACCAAUGGUAGCUGUUCUUUCCGUCUUCUAACAAGCUUGGAGUUUAAUAAAAUGUUUCUGCUCUGCA